ACCCCUUUAACCGGGGCAAGACGCAUUUGUGGUUUUUCUAGGGUUUAUUUUCGUUCCCCUUCUCCUGUUAAACGGCCAUGACCCAUUCGUGAGCUUUCCUGCGUCACUCUGGUUUUCUGGUUUCUCAAACUCAAUCUCAACCUCAAGCUUAUUGUGGUUUUCGCAUUCUGGUUGUCUGUCCAGAUUGUCUUCAGGCCCUCCAUUAUUGGGUUUCUGCAUCUUCUCGUUUUCUGGUGUUAACUGAGGUGGAAUUUUAGGGUUUUGCGUUGUCACCAUGGCCAAGUCAAGCCGAGCUCGUGCUGCUAGCCCUCCUGCUUCCAUGUCUGGUUCUUCCUCUUUCUCUGGCUCGUCUUCUGGCUCUGAUUCUCGCUCUAGGUCUCGUUCUAGGUCUCGCUCUAAGUCAUUUAGUUCAUCAUCUCCUUCUGGUAGUGCCAGUUCCAAGAGCCGAAGCCCGCCUCCCCCAAAACGAAGUCCUGCUGUAGCUGCUCGUAGGAGUCGUUCCUCACCUCCACCAGCUAAACGAGCUUCCCCCCCUAGGAAAGCCUCUCCAGUCCCUGAGUCAGUGGUCCUCCACAUUGACCAACUCACUAGAAAUGUGAAUGAAGCCCAUUUGAAAGAAAUAUUCAGUAACUUUGGUGAAGUGGUUAAUGUGGAACUCACAAUGGACCGAACUGUCCAGUUGCCACGAGGCUAUGGGUAUGUUGAGUUCAAGACAAGAGCUGAUGCUGAAAAAGCUCUUCUUUACAUGGAUGGGAGUCAGAUUGAUGGGAAUGUUGUUCGGGCACGGUUCACCCUACCACCACGCCAGAAGGCCUCACCACCACCCAAGGCAGGAGCAGGUCCUCUGAAAAGAGAACCUCCUCCAAGGGAUAGUACUGGUGCAGAAGUUGAAAAGGAUGCAGUGCAGCGUCCAAGGGAAACUUCGCCACGUCGCAAACCACAACCAUCCCCUCGAAGGAGAUCACCUGUUGGCCCGCGGAGGGGGGAAUCCCCUCGGCACAGGCCUGCUGAUUCUCCCCCUCGUCGACGCAACAACUCUCCUCCUCCUCGUCGCCGAGUGGAGUCUCCCAUUUACCGUCGUGGUGACUCUCCACCUCGAAGAAGACCUGCUUCUCCCGCUAGACGGCGCUCCCCAUCUCCUGCUCAUCGAAGGCACAGGUCUCCUAUUCGGGUUUCUCCACGAAGAGGUAGAGGCAGUCCAGUUGGCCGCAAGCGUUCUCCUAUUCCUUUGAGAAGGCGGUCACCUCCCAGACGAGCGCGUAGUCCGAUUAGGAGGUCUCCCAUAGGACGUCGUCGCAGUCGCUCUCCAAUUCGCAGGCCAGGUCGCUCUCGCUCAAGAUCCAUCUCUCCUCGCAGUAGGGGCAGGGCAGCACCUCCACGACGUGGAAGGUCCACCUCAUCUUCAUCUGGAUCGCCAAGCCCCCGCAGGGGAAACAGGAGGUUGUCUAAAAGCCGCAGUCCUAGAAGGCCUGGUAGAGGACGAAGCAGUAGCAAGAGUAGUAGCGGUAGCUCUCCCUCACCAAAACCCAAUUAAAUGUUAGCUGGAGGUUUUAACAGGUAAGGUAAGUAUUCUCUCUCUCUCUCUCUAUCUUUCUCUAGAUUUUGCUGCCCUUGGGUUAUAAUUUAGCAGCAUUUUGAGUAAUUGGGUGGUGCAACAUGUGAGUACAUGGUAUUGGAGAAGUUUUGGCUCAAGGAAUGUAUUACGAAUCUGCUGUUUCCUAUAUUAAGUUUGGAGAUUAGAAAUGCUAUUUGAGUGAUUAAAAAAAAUGGUUAUGUUUGCCUUAUUUUUGCUUCAGCUUUUGUAGCAAUCUGGAUUUUGAAGCAUUUUUUUUUUCGGUACC